GACACAUCGUUGCUCCACGACAUAUUCCCGUGCGUUGUUGCUUAAACGCGGCGUUCUUCUUCCCAUUUUUCUGCUUCAGAAAUGUGGGCCCUCAAUGCGGCUCCGAUUCAGUGCCACGAGGCUGUGCAGCUCCUCUCUCGUUACAGAAAGCAGAACGGCUUUCAGAGCGGUCUGUGGCUUCUCCCGCAGCAUCUGACGCUGUUUGGUGUGCGGGAGCUCUACACGGCGCAGCUGCUGCUGCCCACCGACGGUCUGCUCUCCGGUCCUCCCCGAGCAGUACCCUUCUCGCUGCUCCACCCCUCCACCCAGCGCGGCAUCCUCAACGACUACCCGCCGGCGAUAAUGCCGGCGGGCCGCUUCGCUUUUCUCGAGCGCUCCCCGGCAACCACGCAGUGGCGGGCGGCGACGCUGAUGGAGUGCUUCGAAGCCGCUUUUCUUCAGAGCAACAGGAGUUGCGGCCACAUGCAACUGCUGUGUGCGCCGAGCUUCGCGACGCGCAUCGCGGUGCCGGAGGAGGUGGCGGUGCUCAACGCGCAGGAGACGAGCAAUCCUUUUCUGGUCGACGCAUCUCUCUGCCACCGCAGUCUUGUGACCGGGGCCGCCUUGCAAGACACCGUCAGCAGUGCGCUGACCACCAUCGCGGCGCAAUUCCGUUACACCUCCUUCGACUGGGUAGAGGCGGGCAUGGUGGAGGCGGCGGGCCUGCGCGUGCGUCCCUCGGCCACACCGCAUCUCGUAAACUCAGUGGAGAGCCUUCAGGUGGCGCACGUGUCGCAGCUGCCCAUGGAGCGGCAGGAGGAGCUGGUGAAUUUGGUUCCGCGCUACGUGCUGCUGAAGAGCAUGAAGCUCUCCUAUGUCUACCUGCAUUCACGCUGGCGAAACGCGCACGAGUUGGAGCUGACGAACCGCCUGCGGCACAGCGACAUUCCUCGAGUGGAGGGUACGAGGGAGUCACCGGUGCAGCUGCUGCUGUGGGUUGCGGUGAAAGCGGAGGAUGAUUUCUGCGGUCCCGUGACCGUGUGUGAACGCAGUGUUCGUCGGCGCUAUUACAACGCGCAGCAGCUGGAAUAG